UGAGCUUCAGCUGAGGAUGGCAGGAGAUUCUCGAAUCCUCAUGGACCAUAAUAUGGAGAUAGGAGUCACACCUGCACAGGUGAAGAAGCUUCCUAAACACUUGCGGGAGGCUCAGAUCUCGACAGAGCGUACCCACUUGAUUUCUGACCCGGCGAAGAAGCCACGUCAGCGAUAUGUGCAAAAGGAUGGCAAGUGCAACGUUCAUCACGGAAAUGUGCAAGAGACCUACCGUUACCUCAGUGACUUGUUCACUACGCUGGUGGACCUACGCUGGCGUCUUAGUCUCUUCAUUUUCACCUUAGUCUAUGUAGUCAACUGGCUUUUCUUUGGCUUUCUGUGGUGGCUGAUAGCACUAAUCCGUGGGGAUCUGGUGCAUGCUGAUGAGGAGGGCUGGACCCCAUGUGUGGAGAACCUCAACAGUUUCGUCUCAGCCUUCCUCUUCUCCAUUGAAACAGAGACCACCAUAGGGUAUGGUUAUCGUGUAAUCACAGAAAAGUGCCCUGAAGGUAUCAUACUGCUUUUGGUGCAGGCCAUCUUGGGUUCUAUUGUUAACGCCAUGAUGGUGGGCUGCAUGUUUGUGAAGAUCUCACAGCCAAAGAACCGCGCCGAGACCCUCAUGUUCUCGCACAAUGCUGUCAUAUCAGUGCGAGACAACAAGAUGUGCCUGAUGUUUCGGGUGGGGGACCUGAGGAACUCUCACAUCGUGGAGGCAUCGAUCCGAGCGAAGCUGAUCCGCUCGCAGCAGACCAAGGAGGGGGAGUUCAUCCCACUCAACCAGACUGACAUCAACAUCGGCUUUGACACAGGAGACGACCGGCUGUUCCUGGUGUCACCGCUUAUCAUCUCUCACGAGAUCAACGAGAAGAGCCCCUUCUGGGAGAUGACAAUGGCGCAAAUGGAGAAGGAGGAGUUCGAGAUCGUAGUUAUCCUUGAGGGCAUGGUGGAGGCCACAGGGAUGACAUGUCAGGCACGGAGUUCCUACCUGGACACAGAGGUGCUUUGGGGUUAUCGCUUCACACCUGUUCUCUCUCUGGAGAAGGGCUUCUACGAGGUAGACUACAACAACUUCCACGAUGUCUACGAGACCAACACCCCCACCUGCAGCGCCAAGGAGUUAGCUGCUAAGCUUCGGGAGGGGCCGCUAUUGCCUCAGCUUUCGCUUCUGAGCCCUGAGCCCAAAAUGCAUACUUUUGACCCCCUAAAUCGUCUGUCCAAACUGGACCCACUCAGCCAGGAUGAGGACAAGGAGGAGAGAGAUUCAGGGGGUGACAGAGGAGAGACCAACGGCUCAGCUGCUGCUUUGGAGGAGCAGCCCCUUGCUGAUGGACUGCCUGACUGAUGUGACUGAUGGCCACAUCAGCUAAAAAACAGGAGAGACUGGAGAAGAGGACAGGACAAUAUAAUGCUUCAUUUAGUCAAUGGCCAGCUUGUUCCAUUGCAAUGCUUGGAGAUAUAAGAUAUCCGUCUCCAGCCCCCGACUCAUGCAAUACUCCUCUACUAGAGUGUCAAUCUAUAUAGUAUAGAUUGGUUUUGUAGACACGUAAGUAAACAUACACAGACACACACGUACAGUAUCUAUAUCUACACUUAAAGGUUGGUGGCUCAGAUUGUCUUUUUAUAAUCGUAACGGCAACUUACUGCUAUAACAGCUCAAGUUGUAUAACGUAAACUUGAGCUGAAACUGGUAGCCAUGACAGAGUACCAUAGGUUUAUUAUGGAUACUCCAAUAUUCUCAUUUUAGAGUGUGUUGAUUCAGCUUCAUUUGAUCAGAGCAUCAGUCUCAUAACUCCGCUAAUGUGUCUGGCAGCAGCUUCUGCGUGGUAAUGGAACCUUGUUAUUGAUUUUUUAAAUUUUUUUUAAAUGUGGGGCUUUUUAUUUAUUUUCUCUGUCAGUGUUGUUUUUAUUCUGCGUCAGAAAUCCAAUUCACCUAGAAGCAAAGGUACAAGAAUUCUAGUUUGGCAAGAGAAGAUGUAGGAAAUUGUUCUAUAAAAGGCAACGUAUACUGGCAACCACCAUCCAGUUUAGUUUUCGUGUUCACACCAUCCUCAUGGUUGUACUGUCAUCAAUACUCUCACUGUGUGUGUCUGGUUGUCUUCCAAACACACUGAGAGCUUUGACCCAAAAGAAACCAAUUAGUACCUCAUUUUAUACUCAUGUUCAGGGUUUGAAAUUAACAAAAAGAACGAGACAACUGCUGGUAAAAGCUGUGCUGCUGACUGACUAUUUUGAAAACUUUGUGACUUUGUGAAGAUUUAAUUCCCCCUUACGCUGCAGGAACUAAAACUUCCAAGCCCUUUUCUUAGUACGUAAAGCACAAUUUCCCUUGAGGUGACUCCACACUGACCUAACCACACACAUUGCCACAGCUACUGGCUGAUGCAUGUCAGUCCUAGUUAAAUGUGACAUUCAAAUGUAGAUUAAAAUAUCCUAUGAAAUAUUUAUACUCAACUGCAAUUUGAAAUGUUCUUGAUUUUUAUACACCGCACAUAUGAAUAUUUCAAAUGCUCCACAAGCAAAAUGAAAUAAUCAAUGUAUCCUUUUAUGUUUGUUUUGGUUUGGUUUUAAAUAUUUAAAAGAGAUUCAACCUUAGUAUUUUUCAGCUACACAAAAGUUGAGUCUACUGAUGAUAGGAUCAGGUAUUCUGUCUAAUCUCAUGAGUUUAAGAUCCUACCAGCCCAUCACCCGCGGUAUUUGCCUUCUUUGUAAUUAAUUCCUCUGAACUUCAUCUUUGGCUUUCACCUUUGAAUUUGAAGUCUUCUUUGUCCACACACACUUGGCACACUCUGCACCAUGGCUCCGUUCCACGAACCGCCCUUGGGUCUUUUGCUUGAUGUAGUUUACGGCCCUUGUGACUACUGUUUUGGAAGCAGACACUUGUCGUGUGAGGGCCAUAGCCUACAGUAUUUUUUGUACUUUUCUUUGAAAGGACACAUGUCAGAGCUUGCAUGCAUGAAUCAACCCCUAUGCGUCCCAUUGUUCAGUAAGUUUAAUACAGUAAAGAAAUACAGGGUAUUUUCUAGGCAUGCAAAUUAUGAGAUUUCUACAUAAUAUUAUCAGAUUAUGUAUUAAUAUUCAAUUAUCAUUUGUUGAGAGAAAAAUGAGAUUCCUGAUACUCCCCAAUUUAAUGUUUGUUUUUUGUUUUUUUACUGAUGCUUGUCCAAUUAAUGUUUUUAUUUUCACUGUGAUAUUUUUGCAUCUUACUAUGUAUUUCAUUUGCUAAACGAUACGUUUGUCAUUAGAGAGAGAUCAUCUUUCAUUGCUGGAAUGUCAUCUGUUUUCUGUGUGUUCUCAUGGGAAUAAACAUAAUAUGGCCGAAAGAACAACAUGUUCCUGUUAGAUAAUGGGUGCCUUCACGAGCGAGUGCAUGCGAGUAAGUAGUAAUUUUGCACAAAACUUUGCAACUGAGGAUUCAAAAGUAGGCAACCUUAUUUUAGCAUGUGUGACACUGCACUCUAUCCGCUAUAGUGUGACAAAAUGACAAAUUUAACUGUGUCUUACACACCUGAAAACUGGAUUAGUUGCAUAUCAAAUCAUGAAAAGGAGACUUAUGCAACCUUUAAAUUA